CCCAGGUUAUUCUUUCAUCGAACAUCACUAUCCUGUCUUAUUCCAGUCAUUUCACACCUGCCCACCAUGCACCUUACAUCUUUAAUUCCGCUUAUGCUUCUCAGCCUCGUCACUGAAGUGGCUGCAGACAGUGGCUAUGGUUCAUCUUGCAAUUCCAUUAGUUAUUACAAUGCAAGGGACGGAGGCAAGGUGAUAUUCGCCAACUGCCGAAUGAACAGUGGAAUUUACAGAGUCGGCACUGAAAUCAACCCCGAUUCAUGUUUCGCCAAUGACAACGGCAUACUUGCUGCCCGCCUAUGGGGCAGAUAUUCUGGAUCCUGUUCAGACGUUUAUCUGUCUGGUACCGUUCUCCAUGCCAAGUGUAAGAACGCUGCUGGAGGCACUGUUUCCACCUCGAUUGACACAAAUAAUUAUAUGGGUAAUUCUGAUGGUUUUAUGACCUGUUUUGGUCAAAGAGGCCUUCCCUAAUGAGGGCAAAGGGGUUUCCGAACAAAAGGGGUUGGAGGUUUUAGAGGAGGGAAUCCACUCAAUAG